UUCAGAGCAGUGUACAUGGCUUGACUGAUAACAUGGUUUUUUUCCACAGAGCAGUCCUGGAUGAGGAUGUAACAGGCAAAGAGAACAGAGGACAAGACUGUAGUGUUCAGUCACUGCAGAAAUACGUACUUCACCCACAGCUUGCACAUGUUUGCUUGCCUAAGGACAGAGCUGUAGAUAGGAGAAUGUACAGUGAUAGUCAGAGCUUGACCAAAGAUGGUAGAUAACUUCCCUAACAGGAAGGUGUAAAUGUGCAAGUCUUCACAGUCGGCACGAAAUGGCUGAGAGAGGGAGCUGGAGACACUCCAGACCUUUCUAAAACUAUGAAGUGGCUGAAUAGGAAAUGAAUGUUUCCAGUCUCUCUCAAAACCAGAAUGGGGGACACUGAACAAAACAAGCAGAAAGCACAUCCAGAACAAACAACUCAGUUCUCCAAGCUGAUUUGGAGGAGGGCCCCUAGAGAGAGGAUGUGUUCCUUUGGGCUGUGCACCAGAAGGAGAAGGGCCUUAGCACUGUCCAUUCCUGUUGUGGUCACUCUGCCUGACAUGUUGGUUCUAACACCCUUCUAACCUUUAUGUGGCACCACUCAUGGAAUCUCCUCUCUGAAUGCCCAGCAGGCUGUUGCAGAAGGGGAGCAGCUGUCAUGGCUCUCAGAGAAGAGACUCAUGUCACAGAGCCUGGAAUGUCUGCAGCGAACAGUUGCAAGGCUGGAAGAUGAAAAGGUGGAGCUGAAGCAACAAAAUGCUGAGCUCAGGAGGACUCUUGAGCAGGUGGAACGUGAGCGGAGGAGGCUGAAGAGAUGUUUUAGGGAUCAGAUGCUCCCAGAUGCCUUUGGAUUGUCUCUCUCCCAGUCUGACCAGCACAAAGUGUCCACCUCUAGACAGGAGGAGUCUCACGCUCACUGCAGUCAGCGGUUAGCUGAGCUACAGAACCAGGUGUCCCUCCUGCAGUCACAGCUGGCACGAGACCGACAGCACAGGCAGAACUACAUUGAGAGCUGUGCAAGGACCAACCAGGAGCUGUCAGACCUUCACCACGAGCUGUCUUGCUCCUUAGCAGCUGUGCUCAGGGAGCCCAGAGCUGCUGUUCUGGAAGCAGAGACUCAGAAGCUGGAUCAGUCUCUGAACUUGGCACUGAUGUCCCUGGACUGUCAGUCUCCCGAGAGACAGAGGGUGCAUCCAGCAACCCAACCUGCCAGAAGCGACCUGAGGUAACAGCACCUCUGGUCUCCAUUUGAACGGAA